UCCAAGCUUUGUCAAAAGUCAACAACAACUGAGCACAAGAACGAUAACGUAGCACACCAACGUCCACUGAUAGCUUGUCAACCUUGCUGCAACCAAAUUAGUGCGUAAAGUAGAUAACGUUACGAUUGUAUGACGAUUGAUUCUUCGAUUAGGGCAUUUUCCAUUGACUGUAGAUUUGGCAUUAAACCUACGCUUAACGAAGGCGCCAACUUGGUUGCUGCGUAUAGGCGCCAGAAACAACAGUCCGCAACAGGGCGAACUCGUGUUUUAAAUUGUUAACUACGUUAUUUCUGAACACGAAAACUGUAACUUCCUUAAUUGUUCGGUAACCAUCUCAUCCGAGGCUAGACGUGGGUGCCGUGAGUGAGAAGCUCGUAGAAAAGCCGAAAGGGAGGGGGGCUUAGCUUCCACGUGUAAACAAAGCGUUCUUUUUAGCUUGCUUUUUUUUAUCGAACGUUGACAAUGUUUGGUGCUUCAAGAUCUGGGGGUGUAAGGGGAGGGCAAGACCAGUUCAACUGGGAUGAUGUGAAAGGCGAUAAGCACAGGGAAAACUACCUCGGAAACUCUCUUAUGGCACCAGUUGGAAGGUGGCAGAAAGGCAAAGAUCUCACAUGGUAUGCCAAAGACAAAAAGGGUAUUGUCAAACCUAUGUCAAGAGAAGAGGAGCUGGCGGCUGUGAAGGCAGCAGAGCAAGAGGCACUGAUGGCUGCCCUAGGCCACAAGAAUAUAAAGAGACAACCAACUGGCCUGACCAAAGAGGACCUUGCAGAUGUGUGCAGGAGGGAGGAUGCAGAAGCAGAGGACAGAGAUGUGGACAGAGUCUCAGGCCUUGGAAGCUCCGGUGCCACAUCAAGGAAAAUGGUGUUCUCCCAACAAGAGAAGGAAGCUGCCAAAAUAGGCUUGUCCGUCUUCACACACCAUAAAACUGAAGGUAAGUCUGGAAGCCUGGAAGACUCUGCCAGAAAGACAUCUGACAUCACAGAGAAGCAGGAAGUGGAACAAAGUAAUGACCGCAGCAAAAAGAAAAAAGAAAAGAAAAGAAAAAAAGAGAAAAAGGAAAAGAAAAAAAGGAAGAGAAGAGACUUGUCCUCCUCAGACUCAGAAGAUGAAUGUAAAAGGAGCAGAAAGGACCACCAUCAUCAUAAUCCAUCAUGCCGCAGUCAGACUGGAGCCAGACCCCAUGACAGCCAUUCAAAAGGGGGGCCAAAGGGCAAGCGCCACCCCCCUCCUUCCCAACGACGCCAGCAGAGGCGUGACACAGACUCCUACGACAGGGGGUCCCCUGUCCCCCAUCACCGGGCUAGCCACAAGGCAGCCCCUGCUGCUCCAACACAAAGCCACAGGCGGCGUCAUGACACAGACUCGGACGACUAAUGCCCCCCCCCAAUCAGAGUGACACGGGAGGGAGACAGAAGCUCUAGUCCACCGCAGAGCAGCUUGACUGGUCUGUCGACUGUCUUCAUGUACCUCUGGACUAGACUCAAUGGGCUGUGGUCGAGAACAGUAGGUUCAUCUGUAGGUUAUUUUUCAAACCACCAGCAGACAUGUUUUAAUGGAUGUUUUAAUUUUUCUUUUCAUGUACCACCACAAAUCGAUUUUAUAAUCUAACUACCAAAAUGUAAGGAAACUUCAUAGAGAAUCAGACUAUAUAAGUGAGGUGUACUUGAUACAGAACAUGUACAGUCUGAGACAGUCACACUUGCCCAUACCACCAGCAAAAAAAACUAAAUGUAUGCCAAAAACUAAA